AUAAUUGACUGGCGCAAUAUAUGGGAGCAGCAAAAGCAUAUGUGUACUGAAAAUCUGAACAGCGAAAGCACGAGGUAGAAAUCUGAACAUGAGGAUCACAUCAACCGGUUUCGUAUCUUAAUCGUUUCUGCAAAACUUAAAAUCUAGCUGAGGGUUGGGUUGGUGCAGAAUCGACCACGCUUGAGAUUAACUUGCACUGUAGCUUGAUCCGUCAAAUAUGUACGCGGAGGUCGCCAUCUUGAGUGGGAAAUUUAGAAGCUCUGUGUAGCCACUACUUUUUCAUUUGGCUUGCCGACAUAUGGAAUUUAAAGCCUUUGAUUUUUCCUCCUCGAAAGAAAACCAUUCCGGCGGGAGGCUCAAGGUCGUCGGACAUGCUGGCGUCGGCAUCGACAACGUGGAUCUGGCGGAGGCGACGGAGCACAGGUGUCUCGUGGUUAACGCGCCCACGACGAACACUGUAGCCGCCGCUGAACACGGGAUUGCUUUGCUCACAGCCAUGUCUCGCAAGAUUGCGCAGGCUGAUGCGUCUGUGAAAGCUGUUUAGUGCUGGUGAUGAUUUAACAGCUAAGGGAAAAGUGUGCCAGAAUUAGAUUAGUACGCAGUGGUGUGGCGAAAAGUCUAACUGCGGGACCGAAUACUGGAUCCCUCGCCCUUAUCAUAUGGACCCAAGUGUAAAAAAAAGUAUCAUUACAUGUAGACCACACGAAUGCAUGAAUAUGAAAUAAGAUGGAUAUCCAGUUUCUACAAUCUACCAAACUCAACCCAAAUUAAGCAAAUAAAUGAAUAAAAAAAAAAUGAAUAAAUGGAUGGAAAAUGUAGUGGACACGUGUCGUGAAGGUAGAGGCUACAUUCCACUAUAAAAGGCCCAACCUUGCCCUCCAGUUUUUGCAUCACCAGCAGAGCCCUAACUGCACUGCUUUAGAGAGAUGUCUUUCACAAACUUUCUUCUUCUCCUUCUUGGAGCGGUGGUUCUUCUCGCUGCUCCAUCCGAACCCUCCGACCUCCUUCCCGAUGGCAAGCCUUACAAACCACCUUACAAGCCACCCUACAAGCCCCCACCUCAUAAGGGAUACCCUCCCGUUGAGGAAGCGGAAGUCGACGGCUACAAGCCGCCCUACAAGCCCCCCUACAAGCCGCCUCAUAAGAAACAUCCCCCCGCUGAGGAAGCCGAAGUCGAAGUGGAUGGCCACAAGCCACCUUACUACAAGCCUCCUUACUACAAGCCGCCUUACCACAAGCCACCUUACUACAAGCCGCCUUACCACAAGCCACCUUACUACAAGCCGCCUUACCACAAGCCACCUCCUGCUGAAGAAGCCGAAGUCGAAGUCGAUGGCCACAAGCCACCUUAUUACAAGCCGCCUUACCACAAGCCACCUUACCACAAGCCGCCUUACCACAAGCCGCCCACGGCUAACUGAACAUAAUCGAGCUAGUGACUGCAAGACUUAAUUUAAAGACGUAGCUACAAUAAGCAGAUAUUAUUAUGGUGUACUGUAUCUAUAGUUGGUCUUGAAGUUGAAUAAGAGCUCGUGCAAGCAUGUCAGCCUUUAUAUUUUUAUUGCAACUAUGUAGAGCCAGUCAAAGGUAUGAAAGAGGCUAGUGAUCAUGUUAUAUAUAUGGCCUGCUGGUUGUGGUCUUUUUAUCACCAA